UCUUCGCCUUGUCCAGCCCACGGACGAGCCAAGCCAAGCGCAGUCGAUCGCAGUUCCUGGGUUUUGCUGCUGUUGCUGUUGCUGCUGCUGUUGUUGUUGCUGUUGCCGUCGUUCCACGCCGGUGACCGUCUUCUGCAUCGUGUCGCGCAUCCGAGGAAGGGGGUGGCGGACGGACCGUGGGAGGCUGCGUGGGCGAGGGACUGCAGCGUCGCCGCCAAUUCUGGUCGUGAGCGUCUCGCGUGACGACGAGGAGGAGGAGGAGGCGUCGUCGUCGUGCCGCCCUGAACGCCGGCAUGAGUCUGCCCAGUUUGCCGAGAUGGACGAUGUUUGUUUAUUGCUUGAAGACCCAGCUUUGAAAGGAAAACAUUAUGGAAACAAUUUAGACCGGCCGCAAUAUUUUGAUAGCAUUUAACGCCAUCUGGAAAGCUUCGGCAAUGAUUAAUACGGCUUGCUUUGCCUGCUGAUAUUUAAUUUGGCUCAUUUCGAUGACAUUAGGAAUCAGAUAGGUGGCUAUGGAUAGCAUCCUGCAGGCGGGCAGAGCAAGGCAUUGUAGGGGCAAUGGCCAGCGUUAAACACUUGGCACUGGCAGAGAAGGUCGGCGUGGUGGAGCCCGGCGUCAUGGCCGGGCCCAGCGGGGAGGCCCAGGGCGGCGUCCGCGCCGACGAGUUCUACUCGCGGCGGCUGAGGAUGCAAAACGGCAGCGGCAGCGCACCGGGCUCGUCGUCGAAGGCCGACGGCCACCCCGCGCACGCCAACGGGACGCCCUCGGUGCCCCGCAUGGGCGUGCGCGCCCGGGUGUCCGAGUGGCCCCCCAAGAAGGAUUUCGACGAGGAGCCGGGUAAGGCACCGUGGGACGCACGCCCCGCGACGGCGCCGUACGACAACGUCCCGCCCAGGGCCUUCCCCACGUCACCGCCCAGGACCUCGCCGACGUCGUCGUCGAGGAGCGCGCAGGGGACGCCUGUGCGGCGUUCGCGGGACGACGGCGGGAGCCCCGACGCCGCCGACUGCUACCACUCGGCGGCCUCUCCGCAGAAAGCGGCGCACCCGCCACAACGGCAGAGGAGCAAUAGCGACGUGACGCUGGCCGACCUGGACCUCAACGUGAUAUCCGUGAGUGCCAAUUCCGGGAUGGGCUCCCUGCACCGGGAGUACGGCAGCACCUCGUCGAUCGACAAGCAGGGCGGCAGCUACGGCGUCGCAGCGGAAGGCUACUCGAGCCUCCUCAGGGGGUACCGUGCGGACGAUUGCCAGGACUCGUCGGUGGCUUUCCCCGGGCCGAGUUUAGCCGACUGGCCCAUGCUGGUGCAGGACCUUGACAAGAGCCCUGCGCUGCUGCUCAAAGAGAGGGAAAAGUCCCUGAAGCGGCGCUCGCGCUCCGACACAGGCGACAGCUCCAUCUUCCGCAAACUGCGAAACCGGGUGGACGGCGAGUCGGCUUCCGAGAAGUCGUCGGACCAAGAGGACGGCCGCUCCGAGGACGGUUCGAAGCCGCCCUGGGUCUGCCAGAAGUGCUUCGCCCACUACGACGUGCAGAGCAUCCUGUUCGACCUCAACGAGGCGGCCGCAAACCGGCACCAGCUGGGCCGGCGCGUCAAUACCACUACGGGAGCGUCGGCCGCCUCGCAACCCCCGCGAGCCCUCGGGGCCCUCGCCGCUUGUCCCGGCGGCGGCGGCGGCGGCAGCAGCGGCAGCAUCGCGGGGACGGGCGGCUCCCCGUCGGGCAGCACGGAAGACCUGAACGGCCGCGAGUGCCCCGACCCGGACACGGGCGAUGGCAAGAGCUGCGAGCUGCUGCACAGCUGCCCGUACUUCCGCAACGAGGUCGGCGGCGAGGGCGAGCGGCGCAUCGGGCUGACGCGCUCGGGCGGCGGCGGGCCGGUGCCGGGCGCCGGCGGGUCGGCGGCGGACGGGGCGUCGUCAUCCUUCGAGUGGUCGCUGAGCUCCCACUGCACCAAUGCGGGCGUGUCGGUGCUCGAGGUGCCGCGGGAGAGCCAGGCCGUGCACUGCGAGAAGGUGAAGCGCUACAUCAUCGAGCACAUCGACCUGGGCGCCUACUGCUACCGCAAGCACUUCCACGGCAAGGACCACCAGAACUAUUUCGGCGUUGACGAGAACCUGGGCCCCGUGGCGGUGAGCGUCCGGCGCGAGAAGAUCGACGAGGGCCGCGAGAAGGAGAGCUCGCACGGCCCGCAGUACCUCUACCGCGUCGUCUUCCGCACCAGCGAGCUGCGCACCCUGCGCGGAGCGGUGCUGGAGGACGCGGUGCCGUCGACGGCGCGCCACGGCACCACACGGGGGCUGCCGCUCAAGGAGGUGAUGGAGUUCGUGCUGCCCGAGCUGCAGCUGAGCUGCUUGCGCCUCGCGCCGGCCACUCCCAGGGUCUCGGAGCAGCUCCUCAAGCUCGACGAGCAGGGGCUGAGCUACCAGCACAAGGUGGGCAUCAUGUACUGCAAGGCGGGCCAGAGCACGGAGGAGGAGAUGUACAACAACGAGACGGCGGAGGCGGCCUUCGACGAGUUCCUCGACCUCCUGGGGGAGCGCGUGCGCCUCAAGGGCUUCACCAAGUACCGCGCGCAGCUCGACAACAAGACCGACUCGACGGGGAUGCACUCGCUCUACACCACCUACAAGGACUACGAGAUCAUGUUCCACGUGUCCAGCAUGCUGCCGUAUACGCCCAACAACCGGCAGCAGCUCCUGAGGAAGCGGCACAUCGGCAACGACAUCGUCACCAUCGUGUUCCAGGAGCCCGGGGCGCUGCCUUUUACACCCAAGAACAUUCGCUCGCACUUCCAGCAUGUGUUUGUCAUUGUGCGAGUGCACAACCCCGGCAGCGAGAACGUCUGCUACAGCGUCGCCGUGACUCGCUCGAAAGACGUUCCGCCGUUCGGGCCGCCGAUCCCCAAAGGUGUGACCUUCCCCAAGUCGGCCGUGUUCCGGGACUUCCUCCUGGCCAAGGUGAUCAACGGCGAGAACGCGGCGCACAAGUCGGACAAGUUCCGCGCGAUGGCGGCGCGCACGAGGCAGGAGUACCUGCGCGACCUGGCGGAGAACCACGUGACGACGGGCACGGUGGAGUCGGCGGCGCGCUCGUUCGGGUUCAUCCCGCUGGGCGGCAAGAGGAAGGAGAGGACGCGGCCGCGGCUGGGAGCCGAGCUGGGCAGCCAGGGCGCGCUGGUCUGGCACGCGCGCGCGCACGACUACUCCCACUCCGCCGCGCACCCCGAGCUCGGCUGCCUCUUGGGGAUCUCCAACCAGGUGGUGGUGCUGGUGGACAGGGUGGCGCGGAGCGGGGUGGUGUUCAACUGCACGACGCGCGACGUCAUCGGGUGGACGUCGUCGCAGAACGCGCUGCGCAUUUACUACGAGCGCGGCGAGUGCAUCGACCUCACGGUGGCGCCGGACGAGGUGGUGGAGAUCGUGCAGCGGCUGCAGCUGGUGACGCGCGGCUGCGAGACGCGGGAGCUCACGCUGCGGCGCAACGGGCUGGGCCAGCUCGGCUUCCACGUCAACUACGAGGGCGUCGUCGCCGACGUGGAGCAGUACGGCUUCGCGUGGCAGGCCGGCCUGCGCCAGGGCAGCCGCCUCGUCGAGAUCUGCAAGGUCGCCGUGGCGACGCUCUCGCACGAGCAGAUGAUCGACCUGCUGCGCACCUCGGUCACCGUCCGGGUGGUCAUCAUUCCGCCGCACGACGACGGUUCGCCCAGGAGGGGCUGCUCGGAGCACUGCCGCGUGCCCAUGAUGGAGUACAAGUUCGGAGAGGCGGGCGCGCCCUUCGACGUGAACCGCACGCCCUUCAAGGCCCCCGUGUGGCAGCGCGCGACGCCCACCGCAGGCUCUGCGCCCUCGCCGACCUCGGGUCACGCGCCCGGCACCCGCAAGGGCCCCUCCGCCACCGGCUCUUCGCCGCGCCAGCAGCCGCCGUUGCUGGCGCAGCACCCGUCCACGUUGCCCCCGCACCACUCACAGGCCCUGUCGCCGAUGCAGGCGCAGCCGCCGCACGGACUCAUCCUCUCGGCCCAGGGCCAGGGCGCCAUCCCGCGGAGCUUCUCCGUCGACGGCAAGGCGGCCGAGAGCGGCAAGAGGGGGGUUACGGCGGUGGACGGCCGUCCCGUCGGAGCGGAGCGGCACGCGCCGCACCGGGGCUCCCCGUGCGCGCUCACCACGCCGGGGGACGCGGGGCCCUCGCGCAGGCAGCGGCCUGCGCACGACGGCCAGAAAAUGCCGGCGUCCGUCUGCCAGGACGCGGUUGACACCGAGAUGAGCGUGGACGGAGGCACGAGGAGUCGCAGCGGCACCCUCGAGAGGGAGAAGCCGAAAUCCAUUGAGCCCAUGUGGCACGUGCCGGCGGGGAAGGUGCCGUCGUCUUACCGGGACAGCCCCACUCGCCGGGUGUCACGCCAGGAUGCCAACGGGAGGGACUCGCCGGGCAGGGCGGCGCAGGCCGUGGAGCACCGCUACUCCAGCCACUCGAGCAGCAACACGCUGUCCAGUACGGGCUCCAGCUGCGCCAGCGACGACCGCUGGUUUCACCCGAGCGACGGCGCCCCCUCGGACCGGGACGCGGCCUCCGGCGGCGGCGGCGGCGGUGGCGCCGUGGCGGUCUCCAUCACUUCCCAGCAGCUGACGGCGCCGGGAACGUCCACGGACAGCGGCAUCGACACGGCGACGCCGCGCGGCACGCCGCUCGCCUCGGGCCACGCUUCGGCCCGCGCCGCCCGGGGGGACGGGAGCGGUGCCCACAGGGCGGCCGGGGAACGCGCGCACAGGGGGGGCGGUCGCGACGACAGAGGGACCGCGCGGUCACACGGCAGCCCACUGCAUUCUGGGAGUCCCUCCAACAUUCCUUCCCAGUCCAGUAGCUCGCGGCAUGCCGGCAGCAGCCCUGGCACGCGCGCUCGCAGCAAGAGCUCCCUGGGCGAGGAGGGCCGGGGCGUUGGGGGCGUGGGCCCCCCCUUCUACCCGCGCCAGGGUGCCAGUGGGAGCUACCUGAGGGGGUGGAAAAAGCCCGAGAGCCCCAACAGCAGCGAGAACCGCAGGCGUCUGGGCAGCGACGUCAGCGACACCGUCUCGUGGGCGAGGCAGCGCGCCACCGCCACCGCGCGAUCGCUGCGCAAAGCCGAGGCGGAGGCGGCGUCAGACGGGAUCCCGGAGUUGAUGUCGCCCCACGGCAGGAUGCACGUUCGGGAUGAGCUGUCGCUGGAGCAGACCCCGGCGCUGGCCCGCAGGCGGCUGCAGCGGACGCACUCGGACGAGAGCCUGUGCCGGCGUGACGGCUGCGUGGGUGGCGCGCGCGACUCGCUCCUCGAGCAAGCGGCGCCCGCGGGCGACUACCUCCUGCCGCCGGGGUUCCCCGCCGGCCACGCGCCGCCGCCCUCCCACGCCGUGCUGCCCGCUUGCCGCAUGUCGGGCCUCUCCGUGGACUCGUCGGGCUCGGAGGAGUCGCUGCCGCGUCUGGCCGUGCGCGACGUGGAGGAGCUGCUGCCGCUGCCCGACGCGGCCGCGGGCCUCGAGUGGGCGACGCUGGUGGACGCUGCGCGCGCCUUCGAAGAACUCUCUUACACUCUCUUCGUGGAAGACCAGCGGGUGACGAGCGUGCUGGGGGGGAUGCUCGAUGUGGACGACAUGGGCUGCAUUGCCGAGCUGGCGGAGGGCGACCAGGCAGACGUCCACCUUCCCUCGGCGUCGCUCGUGGGGGAUGACUCUCCUAAAUCUCUCACCGUUAAAGUCGGCCAGCUGGAGAGCAUCUUAAAGCAGCUUCAGGAAGACCUCCAGAAGGAGAAGACGGACAAGGCUGCGCUGCAGGCCGAGCUGGAGGACCUGAGGGAGGACAACGUGCGCCUGCAGCAGGAGUCGCAGACGGCGGCCACGCAGCUGCGCAAGUUCACCGAGUGGUUCUUCAACGCCAUCGACAAGAAAUGAAGACGCCGCACCUUCGAGACUGAGCGCCACGGGGACCCAGGCGGCUUGCGUUUUCGUCGCGUACGUUUCCGCACUCUGUAGGCCGCGACGGAGCCUUGUUCCGUUGGGCGCGAGGAUGAAUUCCUGUCAUGACUGGACGUCACCACCUGUCUCUACUGUAGUAGCUACCGCUGCCGAUGUUGCUGCUGCUGCUGCUGUCGCUGGGACGUGAGGCCGCUUGGAAAUGGAGGAGUUUCACGAAUAGUCCGAGGCUCCACGACGCCGCUUUUUUUCCCGAACUUACGGCACAGAUCUGAUGGGGGCUCGUGACUUUCGGCAGCACCCACCCCUGCGAUGCGUCCAUGAGACUGCCAACUCGUAUUCGCCGUUUCGUGAAGGAGACCGUCUUGGCAAAUGCGUGGACACAACAGGCCCGUAUUAGCCCCAGCUUGCGGAGGUGUACAGUGUUUGGCAUUUGGUCUCUUGCGUCGAUCUGAAUUCACUAUCAGGGUAUCGUGCUUAGAGUUAGCUGUGUUACGUACAUGAAGUGGUUUUUCCAGGGGCCUGAAUGUGGCUCGGGCAAUAGUGUGUGAUGCGAAAACGAUUUGAAGUAAUUUGCUCAAUUCCUGAGGAGAUUUAACUGUACAGUAUUUUAAAUUGGCGACACGCAAAGUGUUGCCAACGUGUGAUUUCCGCUGUCUCAUUUGAUGUCCAUAUCUGCUCUAUUUUAAGCCCGUAAUCUAGACUCAGGCAUGUGUGCAUGAAGAGGCUGUAAGGAGCCUUCAUGCACCCGCGUUGAAUCGUCCCAUUCGCACGUUUUUGUGUUAAAUGCACUCGUAUUUAUUUUCGAGCGCGGUGCGCCGCUGUGGAUGAGAAUAUCGAGAUUAUGCCUUAAUCGUAGGCACAGUGGGUGUGUUAUUGAAGUCGAGUCCUUCGGAGGCCUGAAGCACACAAUUCCGACGCUUGCCUAACAGACAAACAAAUUGUGCCUCUGAAUUCCCAUGUUCUCUGGUGGAAACCCCCCCCCCCCCCCAGUUAAAAAAGAUAUAUAUUAAUAACGACAAAAAAUAAAUAAGUGGUGAGUUCAAAUGGCCAUAGCCUCGGGAAGGCUGAUGGCCCAACAAGGACUUUAUUCUUGCCUUUGUUUCCGUAGCCUGCGGGCCAGCGAGGACUUGAAUGGUGAUGGCGUCGUGCCAGUGAAACUGCUGCAUUAGAUAGCGUGGCUUGGCGCUGUGGGCCGAGCGUGUGCCGGAGCGUGUGCCGGAGCACGGCGUCCGGCAAGCAGUCCCCGUCCCCCCCCCCCCCCCCCCCCCGGUGGAAUUCGUGCGAGUCUUUGGGUGGGGUGCGGAGAUCUGGGCGCUCUGGGCGCACGGUGGAGACGGGUGGGUUUGAUUGAUCGAGAGUGGGACAAUCGAUUUAUUUUUUUAUUUUUACCUUUUUGGCAUUACAAUCAGAACUAUGAUUAACUAGAACCAAAAGAGCAACACGUGCUGAUUGGUGUGUUCCUGUAAUGGCAAGUCCCCGGAUGGCUUUCUUUCUGGAGAAGUGCUGGUUUGUGCUGUGCUUGUUCUCAAACGGAGAUUUCCUUUGUAGUGUUUUAUAUAUAUACUGUAUACAUAUACCGUUGAAGUUAAACAUCGUGGGGAUCGGUUAACCAGUGUUCAAUUUUAUCGUACGGUUCCUUUUAAACCAAAUGGCAUGUAUCGUUUAACUCCAGAAUGCAGAAUAAUAAUAAUAAAAAACCACCAACUUCAAUAACCUCCCAUAAUAACAACAACAAUCUCUGACAGAAUGCUUUUUAACGUCAGCUUGAAACAGAGUUGCCUUGAGCUGGGCCCGCCCGUUGCGGCGACGCCGCACUGCCAUCGGGGAAGGCGCUCCGCGUGGCUCUGACCCUCGACCGGAUUGUGGCCUCUGCGACCGCGGACGCAGCGACCGCGGGCUCAGUGAUCUCACGGUCGCUACGACCGUGAGAUCACUGGCGCAGUGAUCGCGUGCUCGCGGGCGCAGUGAUCACAGGCCCAGUGAUCGCACGGUCGCUACGACCACCCGAUCACUGGGCCCGCGGUCGCUGCGACCUUGGGCCCAGUGAUCGUGUGCUCGCGGGCGCAGCGACGUCACGGGCCCAGUGAUCGCCCGAGUGCGGGCCCAGUGACCGCGCGAGUUGCCCGCCGCUCGACUCUGCCGGCGCUCGCUGAGUGUUUGGCGCCGCACUGCGCGGCCGCUGCGGACCCACCCGAGGCGACAACUUGGCUCUUUAAUUUAAAAGCGUAUUGCGAAACAAUUGUUUUUAAACUAAAAAAAAGGUAAUUUUAUUCUUUAUUACAUACUAUAUAGAUACAGAAUGUUUUUUUGUUGUUGUUUGUUGUAAUGAAGAAAUCUGUUCAACUUGAAUUACCAGCUCCCGGUUGUAACAUCAAACCACAGCGUGCCAGGGGCACGCGUGAAGCUCAUCCACCAUUCUCCUUAAUUAUUGUCUUAUAUUCGUGCAAUAGCAGCCCAUGGGCACGCGCCCGCACAUGGGGAGACUAAUUAAAGCAGCAGUAGAGUCGGAAUCGGGCUGACUUGUUUGUGCAUUUAGUGACGUGUGGGUGGCCCUUGUUUGGCCUUGUGCAAGACGUGUGGUGGUCGUUCAUAUGCACUAUUCAGCAGGUUCCUAUGCUGUAUAUUUUGUACUUGGUGUUAGGUUGGGUUGGGUUUUUUUUCUUUUCACACAUGGCGUCUGCGCGUAAGAGAAGUGUUUUUUUGUUUUAGUGAUGUCCGUCUGCAACAUUCUGUUUCGUCCGAGGAGCCGAGCGUACGAUGACAUUAGUGCGACGAGUCUCGCGUCAUCCCUGGCGCUCCGGGGGCCGGGUCCCAGCCCCUGGUGGUGGGGGGGUCGCACGUCUCUGACCUCGUCACUGUCAACUCGUUUGCAAGUUGUGUCAUUUCAUUUUUAAUUUGCCUACGAACAUUGGUGAUUUUUCGUUUUGUUUCCGUUAAUUACUGUAUUCGAACGUAGUAUAAAACGUGUAAUGAUUUCACAGUUUUAACAUUGCCAGAAGAUGGUCCAAUUUUUGGAUUUGCAUAAUAAUAAACAUUGUUAUACAGUAAA